AUGGCGGUGUAUAUUCCGGACGAUUUGGAAUCACAGCCUGACGAUCCAGCACCGCAGUUCCUCACUGAUAAGCAAACGCCGUCAGCUAUGGAGAAAUCGCCAAGCUUUACAACAAAAUUUGUGGAGAAAAUCAAAAACCAUCGGGAUUACAGUUGUGUUGAUUUAAAACGUUGCUCAAAAUGCGAUACGGUGGAGUCAGCAAUUUCUCGUGAAACUCAAACAGUUGAGCAGCAACCGCCGUGGCCUAAAAUUGUCGAUAUGCCUGCCCGAUGCGUUACAGAUACAUAUCAUCUUGAACAGAUCAUCUAA